UCUCUCACCCCAUUCCGUACCGGCAGUCCAGCCGAACCGAGAAACGAGAGGUGGAGAACGAAACCGCAGAGCUGAGGUCUGAUUCUGGGUCAAACCAGAUCAGAUUAAUUCAAUUUUGAUGCAAUGCCAGUAUUCGAAAGCAAGUAAUAAAACAAAAAAAAAAAAUCUGGCUUUUCUCCGUCUUUGACCGUGUUGACGGGCUGGUUCAGGCAGCUGCCCGCUCUGGCCUCCUCUGCGCCACGAGAGGUUCUCUUCUAGGGAUUCAACUCCUUAAAUACAGUGAUUUUUAUUUAAGGAAUUGGCGUUGCUUCAUUAGGAUUCCGACAUUUUUGUAGCCACGGAACGGUUAUAUGGCGUUGAGACCGUACGCUAGUCUGCAAUAUGAAAAAACAGAACUAGUGGGAAAAUUGUUAGGCGCUUUAAUUCCAUUAGAUGAUCCGAAAAUGAAGAGUUUGUUCACAAAUAUGAAUUCAGAAGUUUGCCUUGUUAUAAGAGUUUAAAGCUACCCGAACAGCAGCACUGCAGGUGAUAACUAUGACCAGCACUGGGUUUGCAUGCUUUGGGGCUGAUAACAGUAGGUGACGGCUUCGUGGCUUUACACAGUAAAUGACAACAUCUUGGACUGUUAACAGCUGGGUUUCCUCCAUCCAUUCACCCCUUACUCUCUCCAGCUGCCAAGCCCUGUCUUUACUAAAAUUACUGAAAUCCUUAAAAAUAGCAUAACCUUUUUUGCAUGUUUGCUAAAUUCUCUGCCAAAUGUCUGACUCUGCCAGUUGAGCUAAAGGAGACUUCCACCUUGUCUUUCACUGGGGUGAUGUGAACUUGUGCAACCUCUCUCCUUCCAAGAUAAAAGCAGAACUGUAAAUAAAAAAACCCCAAAGAUUGUGUCAAUUCUUUAGAUCUAAAAUUGGGCAAAAGUACCAAGGAGCCUGGCUGGUUCUUUUCACGUGCUUAAAGCCUUUUGGUAGCUAAUUGCUGUUGACCUGCUGAAUUACAAUGACAAGGUGGAAUUCCCUGUGUCUUCUAACAAACCCAAUUUCUAUUUGUUGAAUGUUGCAGUUUGGGAGUGAUUCCUCCUUCUGUUUGUCUUGGCUUUGUGUAAACUUGUUCAGAAUGAAGUGCGAUCAGUGUUGUCACUUAACUCUGAUGUUGUCUCUUUUCCCUUCCUUUCUGCCUGCCUGCUGCUUUCAUUCUGUAGUAUUGGUAUUUGCCAUUCAUUUCACCUUCUGCAUCUAUGCAUCUCAUGGUAGGUGAUAGGCUUUUAAUCUGAGAUUAGACUCUAAUGUUUCUGAAUGCUAAAACUGAAAGCAGAAAUAAAUAAUGAUGGUUUAUUUGUUCCUGAAAACACUUCCUUCAGGUUCUGUGAAAAGCUAAUGCCUAUUGUAGCUUUGUUUUGCAGCCUUUAAUGACCGUGAUAAUCACUGGUCUGGCUUAGUGGCUCCCAAGAAAAUGCACUUUGACGUAGUUGCUUCAGGUCAAGGAUUGGUGAUGGUGGUGGCUGGGAGAGGAGGCCUCUUCCCUUGGUGUUUUCUGCAAAUCUGGCAACUGUGCAAAGAACACCCGAGUAACUUUGAUCCUAGCCAGGCACAGAAAGCGGAUGUGUGCAACACAGAUCUGCUGAGCUGACCUGAAAUCACCCUUGCUGUUCCUCUUCUGGGUGUGAGGAGCUGAUUUUAAUGUAUGAAGCAAAUUAUGUGCCUAGAUAACUUUCUAGGGACCAGAUGAGUCUUGUUUUUUCUUAGUAGCAGAAUGUAAUAAAUCCGUGAAUGGAGGAGUGGUUUUUGCCCUGUUGAAAGGACUAGAAACGGAGCCUAAUAAGUGUUGCCCAUUUGCAGCGUGUUUAUGAAACACAGAUAACAGACAGCAGUUUGAGCCAAUUUUCACCUCUAGGUCAGUGGCUGAAAUAAAUUCAGGUCCCUGGCAACUGCACAUUUAGCCAUCCAGAAGGUGGUCGGUAGCACACCAAAUGACCUGGAGGUGUCAUUCCAGUUAUCUGGGGAUGUGCUUGUUAAAGCAGAUGCUAAUUGGCAGCUGACGAGAGUUGCUAAGAAUGGCUGCAGAGCGUGAGCAGCCUCCUGGCUUGCCUCUUCAGGUCAGAUUCAGGACACGUUAAUGGGAAGUGCUGUGUGUGUGGAGAGAGGGAGAGAAAGAAAGUGCUCUGUCCUUCCUAGUCAAAGAGGAUUUCUCUUUCCAAGGAGACUGAAGUUGCCUUGCCAAAAUAUGAACUGGGAUCUCUCCUUGUUAAGCAGCAAAUUCCUUUGAGACAGCAGGUUUCUGUUCCCCCUCUCCGGGCCAACGGAAGCAGCGCUGGACACAGAUGCAGCAGUGCUCAGUCAGUUUUCUCUCUGGCUUGCGCUAAAUCCCUUUUGCCUCUGUCUAGAACUCAGAGCUCUUCACGCUGACGUACGGUGCUCUGGUCACCCAGCUGUGCAAGGACUACGAGAAUGACGAGGAUGUCAACAAGCAGCUUGACAAAAUGGGUUACAAUAUAGGUGUUCGGCUAAUAGAAGACUUUCUGGCCCGGUCCAAUGUCGGAAGAUGCCACGAUUUCCGUGAAACUGCAGAUGUUAUCGCAAAGAUUGCAUUUAAAAUGUACCUGGGUAUCACUCCGAGCAUCACCAACUGGAGUCCUGGAGGUGAUGAGUUCUCCCUGAUCUUGGAAAAUAACCCCUUGGUGGACUUUGUUGAGCUCCCUGACAACCACUCAUCUCUCAUCUAUUCCAACUUGUUGUGUGGAGUGCUGCGAGGUGCCCUGGAAAUGGUUCAGAUGGCCGUAGAUGUAAAAUUUGUCCAGGACACGUUGAAGGGUGACAGCGUCACGGAAAUAAGAAUGAAGUUCAUCAGGCGGAUUGAAGACAAUCUUCCAGCUGGUGAAGAGUGAAUCGCAACCCAGUCUCCCUUUGGGACUGGCGGGGACCACCUGGUUUUGGCCAUUAGCUAUCGUCACAGAUCUGUAGGGAUAUAGUGCUUUCAUCACAGAUCUGUAGGGAUCUAGUGCCCCUGUACAUUCAGACUGACUUACUGACUGUUUAAGAUGUUAUUAUAUUCUUCUACUGUUACUUCCAUCUUCCGUAGAAGACAAUUGUCUGGUUGCUGUUUAUUUCACAGGUUCAUUCUGAAGCUUUUUCAUAAGGUGAUGUCUUUUUCGUAUUCCCCUGGGGACUCUUUCUAUGCUCAGUUUCUAAUGGUGAUGUUUGGUUGCGCGAGAACUACUGCUCAAACUCCAGAAGAGCUCCAGUUUGUUCAAAUCUGAUUGAAUGUUUUAUUACCAGAAUUGGAGACCAAGCUGUGAGAGCCCACUGAUUUACUGUUAAAUGCUAUCCUUAAAAGGAGAGGUUUAAAAUUCAUUUGGAGAUAAGCACAUAGUAUUUCUGUAGACCAAACUGGCUUCCUGCAUUUGAUUCUGAAGUUAGUAGUAAAAUGCAAGCUUGAUACAAAGGGGUGAUUUGGGAGAGCCAUUUGAGUUUUGGCACCAGGUCAGGGAGGCUCCUGUUCUCAGAGAGCCGUGGCAUCGUGCAGCACCAGCAGAUUCAGGAGGCCUGUGUGGCCUGGGCCUUUCAGCAGUUUCUCUUCCCCAGCAGUCUCAUGACUCCCCGGUUGGAAGGGGAGGACCAUUAAAUUCCAGUGGAGCAGCAGUAAAUACUUUAAAUGGGGAAACGAAAAGAGUGGCUAAAAUGCCAUUGGUCUUCUACAGUGUGUACGCCCUGGGGGCCGCAUGGCAAGUCCAUGGAACAAAAAACAAAACUCAGACUAACGACUGGGAGGUAUUAAGUGCAUUUCAGCAAGUAGAGUCUGGUCUCCUGUUAUGGUGUAUAAACACUGUAGAGCAUGGAGGUGGUGCUGGGGUAUAUUCUCACAGAUGUUUAGGCUACAACAGAAUUUCCCGUGUUACUUAAAUUGGCAAGCUUCGGCAGUCUGUAGCACCUGCUGUUCUGUAAAAUAAAUACACAAAGUAGUCUUACAUCUCAAAAAGCAAGGUAUUGGAAAAUCAACUCCUCUGCGUCCUGUUCAGCGAGAAAAUGCAGUCAGAUGUUCAGUUCUCAGAUCACUUUACAUAGCAUGAAGGCACAGAUCCACAGAGAUAAUUAGAAGCUUGAUAAUAAUAAGUCGAUAGCUCUUACUCACUUCCACAGGACCUGGCGGCUCAAAUACCUUUGUAGGUUUAUGCCUGAGUGUAAGGUGAGAGAGAAAAAGCUGCUGCUUGUGCUGCCAUUCAUUUAGGUUCUCCGGACAAAUGUUGGGCCAUCUGGACACUGGACGACUCACCCUGUCCCUUUUUUUUGCCCAAAUGAGUACCUUUGGUGAGAGGGUUUGAAUGCCCCAUGUGAUGUUUGUCCUGUGAAGGGGCAGCGUCGCUGUAAAAACAGUUGGAGAAUGACAUUGAGGAAAAGCAGUGGCUGGUGGGUUUUGGAGGCAGAGGUGUCACACGGUCAUGUUGCAGAGAUGAAAAAGAUCCAACGUU